GCGGCUGCUCACAGAUGCUCUGACAGCUUUGACUCCAUCUCAGAUUAUUUUUUAAAAACGUUGCUUUGUACGGUACAUAGACUAUUCAAACACACAGUGGAGAUUUGCUCUGCAUUUACUGGUGAUAAGUCACAUUAGCAUGACUUACCAGGGGGCCAAAUAAAUAGGGGGUGGGCUUUGGUAAGAGGAACAGGAAGAGAGGAGUCGACAGAGUGAAGGUGAAAAGAGCAGACAGACAGGGCGAGAGCUUAUCACGUCGGCGUGUGAAACCCUUCAUUUUCUCUUCUUCUAAAGGUUUUGGCAGGUCUCAGGCCAACAAUGCUGUGCUCCGUCUGUUGUGACUUCAAGAGAUGAUGAUUUGAACGGAAACAUUUUCAACAAAACAGGGUUUGACAGGGAGAUUAAAAGACUUCACCGUGAUCAAAGCUCAAAUGGCUGAAGAGGGGCUGCCGAGUCCUCUCGUCAUCACAGGAGCAGGAGACAUAAUUGAGGGUGUCGCUGAAAAAGGCACAAUGAUCGGCUUGGCUGAAAUCGCACCGCGCUCCAGUGCAGAGUUGGCUCUGAGAGACGAAGAGGAGCACACUGGGGAGGGCAAGAAUGAAGAAGUCACAGUGAGUCAAAUGUGUUUGGAGGAGCAGAGCCUGGAGAAACAACGCACCAACACAGAGGGUGACCAGACAGGAGAGGAUGAAGAGGACAAACAGGAAGACACUGAGAACGUGAAUAAUGGACCGAAAAGGGAAGCGCAGACAGAUGAGGUGAUGAGGAUUCAUGAAAAAUCAGUGAAACCUGGAGCCACAGAGGAUGGAAAGAAACCAAAUGACCCUCAACUGGACGUAAAGAGGUUAAAUGUACCCGAGCAACAACCCAAAGCGACACAGAGCCAAGAUGAGGAUCCAAAAGAGGCUCACCGGUUAACCCCUGACUUCCCCGAUGCACUGUACGAGCUGCUCUGCACCCUUCAGGAGGGGAGACGGCUCAAUGACCAGCGCUGCUCCUUCAUGCUGGAGGGCCGGAUCGGGAGGCGGAGGUGCCACUCUGAGCCCAGCACAUCCAAACCAGCCCACAGAGUUGUCUUUUCGUCCAUGACUUCACUGCAGAAAGAGGAGUUUUUUGAGCUGGUGGCCACAGCUCAAGCCCGCCGGCUUGAUGACCAGAGGGCGCAGCUCGAAAGGUCGCCACCGCCAAAACCAAAAGCCAGGACUUUCAGAGGCAGCUUAAAGCAAAUGUCUUUUGUGAGAAAAUCCGCUCCGGUUCCUGUGCCCAAAGAGGAUCUGUAUAAUAUGAUUCUCACGACCCAGGCCCAGGGCAGACUGGAGGACCAGCGCAGCAGAGCUCCAGGUCCCAUGGACGAUGAGGACUUCUUCUCCCUGCUCCUGAGGGUCCAGGGUGGACGCAUGGAUGAGCAGAGAACUGAACUACCACGCAUGCUGGAAACCUGAAAUGGAAAACCAAACUAAAACUGCGGCUACGGUGGAUGCCAUUCCAGUAUUGUAGCCUUUUUAGUCAGAUUUCCUGUUAAAAGAGGGGUUUUGCUGACCCUGAUGACGCUUUGUUUUAGGGAAUUAUUAGCUUGAUGUGUUUUUCAGUGUUAAAACUGUUGAGAUUGUAGCAAAAUAGCUUGAGCAACAGAUCUGUUAACACGACUUGAGCAAUGUUCCUGAUGAAAUUGUGAAGUUUACUUCUAGUUGAGUUUUUUUCAUUCCCUCGUAAAUAAGAUCAGCAGACGUGCUUUCUUUUGGACACAUUUUGCAUUGUGUUGAAAGUCUGCAGCAAGUGGCUGAAAGGUUCUGCGUGUGUGUUCCUGUUCUCGAUGUGGAGGAGACGUUGUACUGAUGUCAGUUUGUUCUCCUUUUUUUCUACAGUGGACAUUAAAAGAACAGUUGUGUGGAGGAGAUGAAAGCUCCGAGGCCGCACAGGGCUUCAGUGCAUGUAGAUGAUUCUCCUCCAAUGAUAAACAGAAAAUUUACCUGAGCCAGUUUCAUUUAUCAACUUUUUUUAAUUUGUCAAAAAGAGAUCUAACACACACUCUAAUGAAGAUAUCAUUUUAUCAUUGGAGCAUGUAUUCUUUCCUUUGUUUUUAUUUUCUAACACCUUAUCUCAGUGACGCUGUAAUUUUCAUCAUCAUUCACAUACUCGAUAUCGGUUUGAUCUUUCACAAGCUUCCUGAUGCAGACUCAUCAGAACAUUCACACAUAAAUAAAGGCGCUUGUGACGUCCAUUUUACAGUAUUUAACAAAUGAGGAGUCAAAGAUAAAUGUGUUAAUUUUUUACAGAAAUAAAUGAACAAAAAAAAAAGUUGUUAUCUUAAACUUCCUGAUUUUGGUUUACACGACUGAAUCCUAGAGGCAAACAGUGACUAUUUAUUUAAGUAGCUGUAAAAACGUAUUUCUGGUCAAAUAUAUAUAAUGUGUGUAUUUUGUAGAGAGAACUCUGUCAAACCAGUGUUGACAUAAAUAUGUCAGUAACUGUGAAGUUCGCAGUUGAUUACUCUGCCUGUAUUUGCUGCAUGAUCCAUCUUCCUGUUUUAAAGUCAAAAUAUAGCUUGCACAAUGUCACACAUGCAAUAACCUGGGCAACUUUGUGUCCCCGGGCAGAAGUGUCCUCCUGUGACCUCCUCUGGUCCAACGUGAACUCAGUGGACUCAGUUCAGAGGAGAAAUGGGUAUUUUAAUGCACAGUGAAGACAGACAGGCAAUGUGGGUUGAGAUAUAAAGGUGGUGAUUUGCAGCAGGGCGACGAGGGGAUGAAUUUUUUGUUGAAUUAUUUGAAAUCGUUUCAUAAAUAAGGGUGAGCAACUAACCUUCUUUGGAAUGCCUCUGCUGAGUCUGCUCCCAAUCAUCGAGUAAAAUGAGAGGCCGUAAACAUGUCAGACAAAGAAGAGGGACAGAGGCGGAGCAGAAGAAAAACAUGUGACAAUAAUGAAACCACUGAAUGAAACUGGAAUAAACAACAGCAAAUUAAAUCAGGUUUAUGUUUCGCUCCUAAUGUGGACAUAAACAUCAUGUGUGCCAUAAUUAUGCACAUACAUGUGCAAUAGCUCUUCACACACGCUCCACACAGUUAAAGUUGCCACACUGCUUUUGUAUUAUGUUUGACUCUUUUUUUAUUUUUUAUAGUGAGCUCUUUCUACCUUGCUUGUAUUUUAAUUUAACUUUUGCACUGCUGAGCUGAGCGGUCUCUUCCUGUCCGACAUCUUUCACUGUACCGUUGACCCUGUGUUCACCUGCAUGUGACAAAUAAAGUUGAAACCUUA